CAGUAUUGACACUAUUGAAACAAUGUGAGGUUAAAUAAUCUGCUAAAAUUGUGGGAUUCAAGUUAUUUAACAUGAACAUAAUGGAAACUAGUUUUGUCAGUAGAAAAACACUUGCUUUCAACAAUGCAGUUACGUGUAUUUAUUUGCCGUUACUGGUAACUUUUCUAAAUUACACUGGAGACCUGUACAACGUUGGCAAGCCAGAAACCGCCUACGUAGGAUGUGUGCUUAUAUUAGCGGAAGUUUUGAAAUAUAUAAAGUGUUGUUUACUUCCAAAUGGAAAUACGAAAAAGAGUGAACCAAAAAAGUACAAAAUAUACGGUUUUUUUAAGGGUAUUUUGACAAUAGCGUCAAUGACUAUAGUGUUUUACAUAGCAGCAGUAUUAUUUGGUGCGCCAUUCUUUAGUAAACAUUACCAGACCUUUAUAUUUGCAUUUGUGUUGUCUAUUCUAACGAUUCUUCCCUGUUGUUUGUUUCUGGGACCCGACAGCGUUCCUAUUUUGAUAGCAUCAUUAACUUUCUUCGAGGGCAGUGAAAUAUACGAAAAUUUCUUGUUCAACAUCCGCUUAACUAUCUUCGGAGCUUGGCUAGGUGCAGUUUUAAUACCACUCGAUUGGGAUAAACCGUAUCAAGUAUGGCCUGUACCGUGUUACUUGGGUGCGAUCGCUGGAUGUUUGGUAUCAAAUUUUAUAUCGUUUAUAUCGCUUUCCUUUUGCAUGCCUCCUAAAAAGACUGGAAAAUAUUAUUUAUAAGCAUGAAUCAUUGCUGGAUUUGUCUGUUCCUUAACAGAAGGUAAUAGAGGAAUUGUUUAAUUUACUUUUUAUCUUUCAUUGCUGAUGAACAUAAUGUAGAUAUCUUAUCAUAUAUUUGUACAAUAAAAUUCUGUUUACGUUA